UGCGGGCCGCGGCUGUCAGGCUGGUUGUUAGGGGCGGAGACACUGGAGCUCCGCCCCGCCUUUGGGCCGGGGGAGAGUGUGAGUGAGCUGUGAGGUUGGUGGCCUGUCCGCACUGACCCAGCAGGAACUUAGAGUCAGGCGCUCGCAGCUCCGAGGAUGAGGAGCCGAAGUAAUUCCGGGGUGAGGCUGGACUAUUACGGGCGGCUGGUGAACAACACUAUCCUGUGUCACCAGAAUACUGUAACUGGAUUACUUCCUGCUAGCCCUGAACAGCAGGAUGCUUGGGUUCGUGAUAACGUGUAUAGCAUCCUGGCAGUAUGGGGUCUGGGAAUGGCCUAUCGCAAAAAUGCUGAUCGAGAUGAGGAUAAAGCAAAAGCCUAUGAGCUUGAGCAGAGCGUGGUGAAACUGAUGCGGGGGUUGCUGCAUUGUAUGAUGAGACAGAUAAAUAAAGUUGAAAAGUUCAAGCAUAGCCAGAGUACAAACGAUGCCCUUCAUGCAAAGUACAACAAUGGAACAUGUGCUACAGUGGUUGAAGAUGAUCAGUGGGGUCACCUGCAAAUUGAUGCUACCUCCAUUUUUCUGCUUUUUCUUGCACAAAUGACUGCUUCAGGUCUUCAUAUAAUUUUUACUCUAGACGAAGUGAAUUUUAUACAAAAUCUUGUAUUUUAUAUUGAAGUGGCCUACAAAGUUGCAGAUUUUGGCAUGUGGGAACGUGGUGACAAGACAAACACGGGAAUUCCAGAGCUCAAUGCCAGCUCUGUAGGUAUGGCCAAAGCAGCUCUUGAGGCACUUGAUGAAUUGGACCUCUUUGGUGCUAAAGGAGGCCCCAAAUCAGUUAUUCAUGUCCUGGCUGAUGAAGUACAGCUUUGUCAAUCUAUUCUACAUUCAAUGUUACCUAGGGCAUCAACAUCCAAAGAGAUCGAUGCUGGUCUCCUCUCCGUCAUCUCCUACCCAGCUUUUGCAGUCGAGAAUAUUGAACUUGUAGAGUUAACUAAACAAGAGAUCAUUACAAAGCUUCAGGGUCGGUAUGGUUGCCGCCGGUUCCUUAGAGAUGGUUACAAAACUCCAAAAGAGGACCCUACCAGGCUUUAUUAUGAACCUGCAGAACUGAAGUUUUUUGAGAACCUAGAAUGUGAAUGGCCUUUGUUCUGGACAUAUAUGAUACUUGAUGGCUUGCUUAAUAAGAAUACACAGCAGGUUGAAGAGUACAGGGAAGCCCUGGAUGGAAUUCUUGUCAAGCAGGAGGGUGGAAUACGUUUACUACCUGAACUUUAUAGUGUUCCAGCUGAUAAGACGGAUGAAGAGUGCCAAAAUCCACAUACUGUCAAUAGGACCCCAAUGGGCAAGUUACCACAUAUGUGGGGGCAAUCCUUGUACAUCCUAGGAAGUCUUGUGGCAGAGGGAUUUCUUGCUGCUGGUGAAAUUGAUCCAUUGAACAGAAGGUUUGCGACUGUUCCCAGACCAGAUGUUGUAGUACAAGUGGCAAUAGUGGCAGAAACAAAAGGAAUAAAGGAAAUCCUGGAGAAGCAUGGAAUCAAUGUACAAACUAUAACAGAAGUUUUUCCAAUCCGAGUGCAGCCAGCUCGUAUUCUUUCUCAUAUCUAUGCAAGACUUGGUCGCAAUAAGAGAAUGAUGCUGAGUGGUCGGCCUUACCGGCACAUGGGUAUUCUUGGCACAUCCAAAUUGUAUUUUAUUAGGGAUGAAAUUUUUGCUUUCACACCUCAGUUUAUUGAUAAGCAGCAGUUUUACCUGGCCCUUGAUAAUCGAAUGGUCGUUGAGAUGCUUCGAACAGAGUUGUCAUACUUAUGUCGUUGCUGGCGAAAGACUGGACGACCCACUGUAACAUUUCCAAUUUCACAGACCAUGCUUAUUGACGAUGGAACCAACAUUGAUCCGAAAGUUCUAUCAACAUUAAGAAAACUUCAAGAUGGGUAUUUUGGAGGAGCCAGAGUUCAAACAGGCAAUUUGUCAGCAUUACUGGUAACUUCAUGCUGCACACAUCUCAGUUUUAUGGAUCUCGGACCUGAUGGUAAGGCUGACAGGCUUGAUUCACAUCUUGCAAUAGAAACGGUGGAGUUUCUGCAUGAAUUUCUAGAUCUUGUGGAAAGACGGGAUGAGUUAACCGUGUACUUAAGCCAACUGCUGGAGAGCAAGCCAUCACAAUCUCAUUUGCUGCCGACUGCACAGAAAAAGGGUCUGCAUCGUUUCCGUGCUGCUGCACAUGCUACACGGGACCUCCUGUCUCUGGUACACAAAGCAAAAGGACUUAACAUUCAAAAUAUCUCUCUUUAUCUACCCAGCAGCUUGUUAACUAUCUCUCAACCAUCGUUUAAUUCUUCAUCUGUACCUUCAGACUUAACAAAAGCCAAUAUACAGGAUUUGCCUAAGGAUGCCUCCGGUGAAGUAGAUUGCAAAGCCUUGGUCGAACAGUUGAAAAUUUGCUCAAGCUUGCAAGAACAGUUUGAACUAAUCCACAUAAUCUACAUGGCGAAGGGUAUGGAUUGGGAUACAAAUAUGACUGAAAAUCCUGGCACCACUGUCCGUGACCUCCUAAUAGAGCUGUACUCAAAAGCUGGCAUUGCUCAACAUUGGGGACUAAUCCGUUAUAUUUCUGGCAUGCUACAGAAAAAGAUUGAAGAACUUGAUGAGGCCUGCACAACACUCUUGUCAAAUCAGAAGCAUCUGACUGUUGGCCUUCCUCCUGAACCCCGUGAGAGAACAAUUUCAGCACCCUUGCCACUUAAUGAACUUACAAAAUUGAUUGAAGAAGCUAGCGAACAAAAUGCUAGUCUGGUCAUCCUCACACAGGAAAUUGUGGUUUACCUAGCAAUGUACAUAAGGACGGAACCCAGUUUGUUUGCUGAAAUGUUCCGACUGCGUAUUGGACUAAUUAUUCAGGCCAUGGCAACUGAGCUGGCCAAUUGUCUCGACUGUCCAGGUGAAUCAGCAACUGAACACUUAAUUUCUAUGACACCCUCUGAUUUGAAGACGCUUCUACACCAUAUUCUGAGUGGAAAGGAAUUUGAAGUCGAGGAGAAAAAUGUUCGUCAUUCUACCAUAAAAUAUAUUUCUAUUCAUGAUAUGGAUCACACUGGAGCAACAAAAAGUGAGAGAGCUGGAAUUAGCAAAUUGAAGAUUGAGAUGAAGCGGAUGGAUUCACGUAGAUUUUCUGCUGGUGUAACCAAUAAGGAGACGGGAACGCUGAUGGCACAGCAGGACAUGGAUGAAACACAUGAGCAAUCAAGUAACCAAUUCUCCAAUGUGGCUGAGACUUUGAGCCAUGUUCCAUUGGAAGGUAGUGAUUUCACUGAUGCACGCCUUGGACAAUGGUUGCGGCGAAGGCGCAUUGAUGGGGCACUCAACAGAGUUCCUGUUGGUUUUUAUCAGCGAGUCUGGAAAAUUUUACAAAAGUGUCAAGGAUUGUCUUUUGAAGGUAACGUGCUCCGAUCAUCUACCACUGAAGAGAUGACUCCUGGUGAAAUAAAGUUUGCUGUUCAGGUAGAGACUUUUCUGAACAGUGUGCCACAGCCAGAGUAUCGGCAGCUUCUUGUGGAAACGAUCCUCGUCCUCACCAUGCUGGCUGAUACAGAUGUACAAAUUAUUGGCGAAGUAAUUCAUGUUGAUCGCAUUGCACACAUGGCAAAUAACUUAUUUAUUGAGGAGCAGACAGCCCUGGGUGCUGCUGAUGUCAUGCUGCAGAAGGAUACUGCCUCUGGGAUUUGCAAGUUGUUAUAUGACAGUGCCCCUAGCGGUCGCUUUGGUUCCAUGACUUAUCUUUUGAAGGCCGUAGCCAUAUAUGUGGAUGAAUUCUUACCAAGCAGUGGGUGCGCUAUGCAAUAAACUGAUCAUCAAGUUUAUUGAUGUAAUCUAAAUUAAAAGACUGGAUACGGAGUUGCCAUGUACAGCAUUGAAAUUGGAUGUUGCCAUGCAGCAGUAAUCCAAAAACUGUGAAGUCCAUGUUGUGUCACUCAUAGUUGCCAAGAAGAAAUUACUAAAUGAAAUCCUUAAAUCAAUUAAAUUUUCACAGAAAGGGAAGCAUGAACUAGUGUACAUUUCUAUAUGCCCCUGUUAAGUAUGGACCUGUUUUCUCUCAGUAGAAAAUAGAGAAGAUCUGGAAUGUUUUAUAUAAAUCUUUUUAAUAUAUCAGCAAAUGCAGCAAAAUUGUAUAAUUACAUAAGGCAAAACUUUACAUAUGGCUAAAAGCAUGCUAUUUAUUUAGAUUCUUGGGCAAGAAAGCCAUCUAUUACAGUUCAUGGUUGAAGUAUCUAGCCCUGUAUAAACUCUUUUUUAAAAAAAAAAAGCACCAAUACUAAACAUACUGUAGUACUUGUUGAGAAAACUAUAUAUUUUGUACGCAAACAAUCUUAAAAGUAAAAUAAUAGGUUCAAUGAUGCAUGCAAGCGCAUCUUCCCACCAUUCUAAUGUCUCGAAUGUUGAUGACAUCUAGCACACACAUCAAUAUUACAGAAUUCUUAUAGGGCUGAUAAAGCUAACCUCUGGAUUCGAUAAAUAAAUUUUUUUUUAAUCCUCAUCCCGAAGCAAAAUUGUAGCGAUCAGGUGUUUGGUUUAUAUUUCCUUUCGUAUAUUUUUUUAAAGAGAAAUUUACACUUUGACAGUAAUGAUCAGGGUAAUGUUGCUGCCUUAUCUUGAGUAAUAAUCUCUAAGGAACAUAGUUUUAGAAAUUAAGUACAUUUUUUUAAAAAAUCAUAAAGCAGAGAAAUAUUUAUCUAUUUUAGUGAUAUGCUUGUUAUUUUGGCAACCUGCUUAACAGUUUGCUUUUAAUUGAGCUGUUUAAUAUACUAAUGUGCCUUUAUUGUUUGAACACAAGGGUAGUCAAACCUGAUUAACUUUAAAAUGAUUUGUGAUUGCAAUCAUUAUGCUGCUCAAUUAUAGGAAUGUUGUAUGUGUAAUGCAACAAAAUGUAGAGGCUGGCACUUUAAAGUUUAAAUAAACAUUGUGAGGAAGGAGUGUAAAAUAGCUGGGAAACUAAUUGUGCCUACUGUUUUAAAUGAUGCUUAUGAAGAUGUCAUACUCAUCACUUUAUUGCCUUAAAAACUAUCAGAUACAAGUAAGAAGAGAUCAGUUACUCUUCACCUGGUUCAACACUUUAAUACUUAUUGCAGCUUCACCAUAAAUCUCAGACUGUUUGGUUCAUAAAAACUUCUAUUAAACUAUGAAUUCAA